AUGAGCUCUAUGAACUCUCGCCUCAAAGGCUUCGGGUUCGGGAAACGCAAAUCAGCCGCCAGCAUUCAGACCGUCGACGGGGUACCCUCCUCCAGCACCCCUCCUCCGCCCGGCUCAGCACCGCAACACCAAAUCCCCCGUCCCGGCGCUUCGUCGUCGUCAACCAGUCUCCCCAUGAACCACCCCAACGCCGGCGGCAACCGCCCGCCCAGCUACUCGGCCAACUACCCGCCGCCUCUGGAUCGCGCCAGCCCUCACCAAGGUGUCCCCAAUCGCACUCCCCCGAGCCAGAUGGCCGGAGGACCACCCCCGAUCAACACGAGCACUCCCAUGGGCUACCCACCCUCGAUGGCUCCCAUGGGCCAAGGACCGCCUCAGCAGAUGGGCGGUCCUCCGCCCCAAGGCGCACCCCCGGGCUUCGGCGGACAGGCCGGAUAUCCCUCAGGCGGUCCGCCGCAGGGUGGCCCCAUUGCCCAGCAGUUCCAGCGAAACAGCGUCGCCGCCGCCGAGGUCGAGGGUGCUAGCAAGAGCAAGGCCCAGCUGAUUGUCGGCAUCGAUUUUGGCACCACCUUUUCCGGAGUCGCCUUCGCCUUUGCGACCAACAACGAGGCCAAGGAAGAUAUCAUCUCCGAGUGGCCGGGUGCCGGUUCCUACACCAAGCAAAAGAUCCCCACCGUUCUCUACUACGAUCAGUAUCAAAAGGUGGUCGGUUGGGGACCCGACAUCGCCGACGCCCUGGCGCCCACGGGCUACCCGAAGCCAGGCGUGCAAAAGGUGGAGUGGUUCAAGCUGCAGCUGAUGCUCAGCGGCAACACCUACAUCGACCCCAUCAACCUGCCCCCGCUGCCCCCGGGCAAGUCCGAAAUUGACGUCGCGGCCGACUACCUCUUCAAGCUCCGCCAGGCCAUGCGAUCGGCGCUGCAGAAGACGCUGGGCGAGGUCUUUAACCGAGAGGAGCGCAACAUCCGGUAUUACUUGACGGUGCCCGCCAUCUGGAACGACGCCGGCAAGGCCGCCACCCGAGCCGCGGCCAUCCAGGCUGGCUUCCUCCGCGACGAAAACGACAACCGGCUCACCCUCGUCUCCGAACCCGAAGCCGCCGCCCUGUUCUGCUCCAAGACGGGCCUGCUCAACCUCAAGGUGCACGACGCUGUGCUGAUUGUCGACUGCGGCGGCGGUACCGUGGACUUGAUCGCGUACGAAGUCGAGGAGGAGAACCCGUUCACCGUGGCCGAGUGCACGGCAGGGUCCGGAGACUCCUGCGGCUCCACGGCGCUGAACCGAAACUUUAGCAACAUCCUGCGGACCAAAAUCCGCAAGAUGAAGCUGCCCGACGGCUCCAAGACGGCCGGACGUGUCUACGCAAAGUGCAUCAUGGACUUUGAGAACAGGAUCAAGGCCGACUUCCGCAACAACGGACAGAAGUGGGCCGUCGACGUCGGCAUCGAGGCCGAGUUCCCCGAGGCCGGCAUCGAGGAGGGCUACAUGACCUUUACGAACGAGGAGAUCCUGCAGUGUUUCGAGCCCGUCGUGAACCGAAUCCUCGAGCUCGUGCGUAAUCAGAUCAUCGCCAUCCAGGCGCAGAACAGGACGCUGCAGAACAUCCUCGUCGUCGGCGGCUUCGGUGCGUCCGAGUACCUGUUCCAGCAGAUCAAGCUCCACGUCCCCCCCCAGUUUCAGUCCAAGGUUGUCCGGCCCAUGGACUCGGUCGCCGCCAUCGUCAAGGGUGCCGUCACGGCCGGCAUCACGGAGAGGAUCAUCACCCACCGCGUCGCCCGUCGACACUACCUCAUGGCUACGCUGCAGCCGUUCAAGGAGGGAUACCAUCCGGAGGCGUACCGUGUGCCUUCCCUCGACGGCAAGGACCGAUGCAAGUUUACGCGACAAAUUUUCGUGCAAAAGGGCCAGAAGGUCAAGAAUGGCGAGCCCGUCAAGGUCUCCUUCUUCCGACAGGUGGCCCCUGGUGCGACGCUCAUGUACGAGGACGUCCUGUAUGCGUGCGACGACGAUGUGUGCCCCGAGUACACCAAAGAUCCUCGAAUCAAGGAGGUCGUCACCCUCACAUCCGACUUGUCUCGCAAGAACCUCGAAAAGGACUUUGAACGGAUGGACACGCCACAGGGCACCUUCUACCGCGUGUACUUUGACAUCUACCUGACGCUCGACGGCUCCGAGUUCAGCGCCGAGCUGGUCUGUCAAGGCGAGGUCAUGGGUCGCUGCCGCGCGCGCUUCAGGUGA